AUGCACGAUAUCAAGAAUGCCCCUCAGACCGGACAAGUAGAAGACCUCGAAAAGCACACUUCAUCUCGGCCAGAUGGCAAUGGUGAUGAUGCAUCUUCAAUCAGAUCGGAGGCCCUAGGUGAUAACCUUCCUCAGGGGUAUUUCUAUUCUCUUCGGUUCAUCGGCGCAAUAACUGGAUUCUGCUUAUCCGCUCUGUCGGCAUACAUCUUCCUCAUACUACCUACAAAUGUCUUAACCUACAUCAACGCAGACAUUGGCCCCAGCCCUUAUAUCUCUUGGGUUAAUAUUGCGCGUACUCUUGCACUCUCUUUCACUUAUACUAUCCUCGGCCGUUUAUCAGACCUCUUUGGACGCAGGUGGUUCUUUAUCGGAGUUGGAAGUGCAAUUUACGGAUUGGGGGAGACAGUACAGCUCAGCUUCAACGUUGCAGUUGGCGAACUGGUGCCAAACAAGUAUAGACCAAUUGUUCUCUCGUUCAUCUUUUUAACGAAUGCACCGAUAGCAACAUUUGGGCCUAUUAUUGCCCGAAAAUUCGUGGAAAUACAAUCCCUAGGAUGGCGCUGGUGCUACUAUAUCAACAUUAUCGCUGUGGGCCUAGCUAUCGUCCUUUUGUUUCUUUUCUACCACCCGCCAACAUUUGAUCUCCUGCACGAAAGGAAGAGCAAGAGGGAACUCUUGGAGAGACUUGAUUACUUUGGUAUCUUCUUAUGGACUGCUGGUCUUACCUUAUUCCUGAUGGGUAUUUCUCUCGGUGGAACCAUAUAUCCAUGGGUCUCAGCGCCUGUAAUCUCAACUAUAAUCAUUGGCGGCGCAUUGUUGGUAGUCCUGUUUGUGUGGGAAUCCUUCGCCAACCUCGAAUACCCUGCUAUUCCAGUUAAGUUCUUUCGAAACCGCGGUUUUAUAAGCUUGGUUUGUUGCGCAACAGUGGCGAGCAUGUUCUACUACUCUGCUGUGCUUCUAUGGCCCCAGCAAGUGCAAGCCCUGUUCACGACGGAUAUCACGUAUGCUGGUUGGCUCUCAUGCACUGUAGCCAGCUCAACAGCUUUAGGACAAGUUUGCGCUGGCGCCAUUGUGAGAUGGGGAGGAAAUGUUCGGUACUGGAUCAUUUUCUCAACAUUUGCAAUGGUUGCUUUCGUGGGUUCUCUUGCAUCUCUUACCCCUGCGACCAAAAACACGGGCAUUGCACUCACAAUACUGGGACCAUUCUUCGUAGGAUUCAUUGAACUAGCUUCGUUGGCACUUGCUCCUCUAUUUUGCAAGCCAGCAGAUAUUGGACUCGCGUCGGGAUUGCUCGCAUCUAUCAGGUCAGCGGGCGGGUCAAUCGCCGUCGCAGUGUACAGCACGAUACUGUCAAACCGGCUGGCCUCUACCGUACCCUCAAACAUCGGACCGGUCGCUGUUGCCGCAGGCUUGCCCCAAAGUCAAGUAACAGCCCUUGCGGCAGCUAUCGUUGGUGGCAAGCUUCCAUCGUUCCCUGGGCUUACACCUUCCAUCAAAUCGGCCGUGGUUGCAGUUUUACCUACAGCAUAUUCACAAGCAUUCCAAACGGUAUACUUGGCGAGUCUAGGGUUUGGUGGCAUAGCUAUAGUUGGUUGUCUCUUUUCCAAGAAUGCCCAGGAGCUUCUAACAGACAGAGUUGAGCGCAGAAUGCAUAGCGACCCGGUUGUAUAG